CAAAAGCAAAAAGUGGAAGGAAAUCUUGAAAUUCCCUCACAUUAGCCAGUGUGAAGAUCUCCGAAGAACCAUAGGCGGAAUAUGAAAUUGCUCCAGAUGAAAAGCUGGGAGAGAAAGGAAAGGAAAUCAUGAUGAAAUACCUCACCCCAGAGUCUCCAGCCUACGUUGCCGAAGUCAGUCAAGACCUUGUCCAGCAGACAGAGGAGAAACUCGAAAACAGCCCCUGCAAAGAGCUGUUCUCCCACUGUACAAAAUCUGUCCUUGACCACCUCAGUGGGGAACCAUUCCAAGAAUACCUAAGCAGCAUGUACUUCGAUAGGUUUCUUCAGUGGAAGUGGCUGGAAAGGCAACCAGUAACGAAAAACACGUUUCGGCAGUACAGGGUACUGGGGAAGGGCGGCUUUGGGGAGGUCUGCGCCUGCCAAGUGCGGGCGACGGGGAAGAUGUACGCCUGCAAGAGAUUAGAGAAGAAGAGGAUCAAGAAGAGGAAAGGCGAAUCCAUGGCGCUAAACGAGAAGCAGAUCUUAGAAAAAGUCAAUAGUCAGUUUGUAGUCAAUUUAGCCUAUGCCUAUGAAACAAAGGACGCCCUGUGUUUAGUUCUGACCAUAAUGAACGGAGGUGACCUGAAGUUUCACAUCUACAACAUGGGAAACCCAGGCUUUGAGGAGGAAAGAGCUUUGUUUUAUGCAGCAGAGAUUCUUUGUGGCUUGGAAGACCUACACAGAGAAAAUACUGUGUACAGAGAUCUGAAGCCAGAAAAUAUCCUGCUGGAUGAUUAUGGCCAUAUCAGAAUAUCUGAUUUGGGUCUAGCUGUUAAAAUCCCUGAGGGUGAAUCAAUCCGUGGAAGAGUAGGGACAGUAGGGUAUAUGGCUCCAGAAGUGUUGAACAACCAGAGAUACACGCUCAGCCCUGACUACUGGGGGCUAGGCUGUCUCAUUUAUGAAAUGAUUGCUGGGCAAUCACCAUUUCGUGGAAGGAAGGAGAAGGUGAAGAGGGAAGAAGUGGACAGGAGGGUGCUGGAGACAGAAGAGGUGUACUCCCACAAGUUUUCUGAGGAGGCCAAGUCCAUCUGUAAAAUGCUCCUCACCAAAGACGUGAAGCAGCGGCUGGGAUGUCAGGGGGAAGGUGCAGCAGAAGUGAAGAGGCACCCCUUCUUCAAGAGCAUGAAUUUCAAGCGGUUAGAAGCAGGAAUGCUGGAUCCUCCCUUUGUCCCUGAUCCCAGAGCAGUGUACUGCAAGGAUGUGUUGGACAUCGAGCAGUUCUCCACAGUGAAAGGAGUUAACCUGGACCAAACAGAUGAUGAUUUCUAUUCCAAGUUUUCCACAGGAUCAGUGUCUAUCCCAUGGCAAAAUGAGAUGAUAGAAACAGAGUGCUUCAAGGAGCUGAAUGUGUUUGGACCAAAUGGUACUAUUUCACCAGACCUAAACAAAAGCUACCCCCCAGAGCCACCCAAGAAAGGAUUGCUACAGAGAAUAUUUAAGCGACAGCAUCAGAACAAUUCAAAGAGCUCUCCAAAUUCAAAGGCCAGUUUAAAUCACCACAUAAAUUCAAAUCACGUGAGUUCAAACUCCACUGGAAGCAGCUAGUUCCAGCUCAGUUUUGUGAAACAACGUGUUGCAUCCUUCCACUAUAAUCUCUGGAGCUUCUGUGGAUGAGAGAGCCUCCACCAUUGAGUGAAAAUAAAAGGGAUCUCCCAAAAUGGAGAUUUUCUAUCCAUUCCUUCCAGUGGAGCCUCGCAUUUUAAGAAGAAUUUUCCACUCAGGUCUGUUUUUGGAGGUGGCACUCAAGACUGUGUGAAUCACAUUUGUCUAUUUAGAACAUUGCAAUAGAAAUUCAAUGAACAUGACUACUUGCACGUAUUUAAAUAGCAUCAUACUAGAACUGAAUUUUGUCUUUAUUAUUUUUAAAGAAAAGUUUUGUAAAUUUCUCUAUUGUCUCAGUUUACAUUUUGUACAUUUGUAUUUAAAUGAAAGUCAGACUUUGGAGGUGUAUAUUUUCCAAGCAGCAGCUGUAAAGCCAUGUGUUUUAAGACAUUUUUUUAAAAGAAACAAAAUGUGACUCAAGACUUCCAGAGCCUCAAAUGAGAAAUCAUUCUUUUUAGCAAUUCUAGAAAAUUCUUCAUAAAUCACUUUAUCAGUCUGGGGUUUAAUGACAUGCAUUUUUAUGGAACAGUUUAUUCUUAAUUAUUUUACAUCUGUAUAUUUGGUUUACAGCAACACUGCAUACAUUUCUCCUCUUCAUUAGUUUGUAAUGUCUCGCAUUAAAUGCUAACAGACAAGAUUUUGGUGCAUUCAAGAAUGCUACUUGCCAUGCUGAAGGUUUGUGAUGUCAUGGGACCAGCCCAGCUGAGAUUUGCACUUCCUUCUGUUGUUGUUUCAUCAAGUACUUUUUAGUUAGAAAAGGAGCCCUAUUUGAAGCUCUUCUCCUUCACUAGUUUUUGUGCUGUUUCUAAUGACAGAUAGAACAAAACUGAGUGAGAGGUGACCUGGAAAGCAAAUGUCCAUUUAUUUUUCAAACCUGCACCUGCUGAAAUGAGAGCAAAACUCAAAGUAUUCUCUGUGCUGCAGUCAAAUUCCAAGGCCUUUCCACAGUUGCUCAUAUCAAACAGGUAGCAAGAGAGAAGUUCAACAGUCUGGUUUGUGCUGACCCUGGGAUUUGUGAUGACUUAGAGCUGAGCUGUGGAGGUUCAGAGUGGCAGCAGCAGAACCUACAGGCUGUGUCUGCACUUAGAGUCCUCCCAUGUGUCAUGCAAGCACCCCAUGACUCCUCCCCUCAGUUAGAUCCUCAGCUGAAUAAAAUAUCAGUUCUGAAAUAGUA